UGUGCUGUCAUGCGCCCGCAGACGCGCUUGGAUUUGUUUUCGUUUUGGAAUACAUUCUAUCCUCUACAGUUUAUUGUGCUUUACCACUCGUAAUGUUACUUUUCUUGUGAAAUUAGUAAAAUUACGCCAGCUGCGAACGAAUUACACUCAUUACAGCUAUGCCAAAUACCCUCAAAUCCAAUGCCAUCGUGUGGCACCACUUCAGCAAAGAUCCGCAGGAGAAACGGGGCAAAUGUUUGCACUGCGGCCAGCUGAUAAGUUACGAAAAGUCGACCCUAUCGAACCUGCGCCGACAUUUGUAUAGGAAACAUGAGGAAGUGUUGCGACAAGAGCGUGAUACGGAUACGUUCGAGAGCGUACCGGUACACUAUGUGUGGGAACACUUUAUCAAACAGCCGGAGGAAAAGGCCAAAUGCGUUUACUGCUACUCCGUGCUGGGCUGCCCGAAGAACGUGGUGGGCAAUCUAAUACGCCACCUAAAGUCGCGCCAUCCCUCGCUGGUGCUGGAGCAGGAACGCGGGCAGGAGGCACUGUUUGAGGAAGUGUCCCGCACCCAAUACCAUGCCGAAUCGAUCGAGGAUUCGUUAGGCACCAGCACUUCGCUGCAAGAGCUGGAGCUCGAACUGGAUGCUGAUCUCUUCUCGGCCGAGGUGCACCAGAUCGAUGGGACCAAUCUGCCUUCAUCGGUUAAGAUUGAGCUCGUGCAUCCAGAUACCGAAUCCUGUCCCGAUGACGCAGAUCAGGAAGUGAUCGAGGAGGAGAUUAUAAACGAAUCACAGCAGGAUGUGGUAAGAUCGGGGUCGCAACAACUUUGUGCGCAACACUGUUCUGAACUUCGCUUGUAUCACCCACCCCGGCAGGAGAUCAAUUGUGAGGAUAUGGAUGCUUCUAGCCAGUACGAGGAGCAUGUUCACCACCCAGAGGAAACGCUUUCCUCCCAGACGAUGGAAGAAUCGAUCGUACGCACCAGCAUGUUGCAAGGGGAAAGCAAGGAGCUGGAGCUGAGCGAAUCCCCGCGGAGGCAGGACAACUUCUUCUCCAUCGGUAUGAAAGACAUCAGCAUGAAGACGGCCAUCUACGCCACGAACGUUGCCAUGGAGCUGGAGUGUUUGCCGCUGCGGCAGCGGAUCUUUGCGCAAAAGCUCAUCGCGGAUGUGAUGUUUCACGCCAAGCUGGACAACCUGACGGAGUACGCGAUGAUACUGGGGAAGGUCAAUCGGCCGUUCGACGUUUAACAGGGCGUGUAGUGUAGUGACAAUCUCUUUUAAGUCAUAUUUUACAUAGUCUAUUUAGUUUGUACAUAUUAAAUUAUAAAACAAAGUUAUUUUAAUAGAAAAAAUCGCUCAUUCGCGUUCGAACGUUCCAACGCGCACGAUCACCAGCGAGUUUUCAUCUAAA